GAGAGAGAGAAAAAGUGCCAAAGAGAAACAAGCUGACUUAAAAGAGGGUCACAGCUAAGCCAAGAUAACUACAUUUUGGCUGCCCAAAGGCCAAACGCCAAAUCUAUUAAAUUUUAUAAUUGCUUGUUAAUAUUAUUGAUAUAUCAGCUUCUGUUGACGUCCCAAUCAAUCUCAUUUAUUAAAGAAACACAUAAUUGCAUGUAGCAGAUAGCGAAUGAUCUCUACAAAUCAAGGGAGGAGAGGAGAAUAAAUAAAGGGCUACUCCUCAUCCUCCUCUCCAAGAAUCUUUAUAGAAUAUAUAUAUUUCUCUGGGGUUUUAUUUUCUUUUGGUGGUUCAGUCCGACAAAGGGCUCCUCCAUUAAAGCUUCAAAAGUGCUGUGUAAGUGGGCAAGGCAUGGCAUACAAUGUGUUCAAUAGGUGGAAAGUUUGUUGAGAGAAAAGGGCAGUGCUAUAGAGAGCUGGAGAUUGGAAAUUAAUGGCGGUGAUAAUGGCGGUUAAAAGUGUGGUUUGGCACUGAUUUUCAUGAAAAACCUUUUCACUUCAAUUGUCCUUUUCUGUUACGUUAGUAUUGUCAAUUGUGGCCGAACCCACCUGCCCAUUCCUUCUCGAAUUGUUGAAAAGAUUCAAGGGACUGUUUCCGGUGAAGAAUUGCAGGAAGACCGUGGUGGCAUUCAAGAAUCUUGUGGGUAGAGAAAUCAGUGGAAAGUGUAAUAAAGAGGUGUUUGAAGUUUAAGGGAUUGCUUAAUUUGAAGGUAAUUUAAGCUCAUGGCUGAUUAAUUCUUUUCAGACAUGAAUGGUUUCUUGGAUCCCUCGAAGAAGAACUCUAUCUACACACAGCAAUUUCAGAUAUCAAUGCUAAGCAAAUGCUCUAGAAAUUGCUUGAUUUUUGGCCAGAAUUCAGAGAUACAUACAUUAGAUUCCAAGAAUUUUGCCAUGUCAAGAACAAUGGACAACUUCUGAUACAUUUCCAUGGACAGAUCUUCAAACUGAGGCGAAAAGAUAAGUGAUUGCUUUAAACUUUCUUUAUUCGAUAAAACGCCUCUUUAGAUACAGCUAAUGGCGAAAAGAAUUGUCUGGAGAAUGGUUCUUCUAGUUUUGUGUUUCAUGGUGUUUUCAGUACCUUAUACAGUGCAAUUACAAUCAUCCCAUGUCCAAACUCUUCUGGAAAUCAAAUACCUACUGAACUCUCCACCAUUCCUGAAUAGCUGGAAUAACCAUACUGACUUCUGCAACAGCGAACCGUCUGCAACUCUGAUUGUUGUGUGCUAUGAAGGCAGCAUAACACAGCUCCAUAUCGUUGGAGAUCAAGGAGCUCCUCGAUUGCCUGAAAAUUUCUCAAUCGAUUCUUUUGUCGCCACGCUUGUGAAGCUUCCAAGCCUGAAAGUUCUUACAUUGGUUUCUCUCGGGUUAUGGGGACCGUUGCCUGGAAAAUUUAUGCAGUUGUCAUCUCUGGAAAUACUGAACUUGACCUUGAAUUACUUCCAGGGGAACGUACCGGAGAGUAUAUCAUCGAUGGAGCAUCUUCAGACGCUGAUACUUGAUAGCAAUAACUUCACAGGAAAACUUCCUGAUGGCAUCGGAUUGCUUUCUGGUUUGGCUGUUUUGAGCAUUAGGAACAAUUCCUUGCAGGGAUCUUUGCCAACGUCAUUGGGAAGUUUGGAAGACCUCCGGAUUCUUGAUCUGUCGAAUAACAAUUUAUCCGGCGAAGUUCCUGAUUUGAGCAGAUUGGCAAAUCUUCAGGUUCUUGAUUUAGGAAGCAAUUCUCUUGGACCUGAGUUUCCUGUGGUCAGUGAGAAAAUAGAAAGGAUUGUGCUGAGGAACAAUAAGUUUACCCUUGGGAUUCCGGAGAAGGUUCAAUCCUACUAUCAGCUGAGAUUCUUCGACAUUUCUUCCAACAGAUUCGUGGGGCCGUUUCCUGUAUCGUUGUUAUCUCUGCCAUCUCUCACUUACAUGGAUAUCUCGAAGAACAAGCUCACAGGAAUGCUGUCUGAGAAUCUCCCCUGCAAUGAUGAGCUCAGUUUUGUGAGCAUCACUGCCAAUCUGCUGACAGGGAAACUGCCUGGCUGUUUGCUGUCCAGUUCCAGGAAACGAACUUUUCUGUAUGCCAACAACUGUUUGGACACAGCGGGCGAGAAUCAACAACCGAUUUCCUUCUGCAAGAAUGCUGCUUUGGCUGUGGGAAUGUUGCCUAAUCGGCGCAAGCGAAAACAAGCUUUCAAAGUAGUUCUGGCUGCAAGUGUCUGUGGAGGAGUCAUUGGAGCAGUACUAUUAGUUAGUGUAGCCUUUUUUGUAGCGAAAAGAUUUCUUACAAAGAGAGAAGAACGAAAGCCUCAACCUACGGGUACGGCAGAAAAUACAUCCACAGGCUAUACUUCUAAAUUCCUUCAGGAUGCAAGAUACAUCACUCAAGCAAUGAAGCUUGGAGCAAUCGGCCUUCCACCCUACAGGACAUUUUCACUGGAAGAACUGGAGGCGGCGACGAAUAAUUUUACUACAUCAACAUUCAUCGGAGAAGGAUCUCACAGUCAGAUGUACAGAGGCCAGCUGAGGGAUGGCUCCAGCGUUGCGAUUAGAUGCUUCAAACUCGAAAAAAAUCACAGCACUCAGUACUUCAUGCCUCACAUUGAGAUGACCUCAAAACUCAGGCAUCAUCAUUUGGCCAGUGCUCUUGGGCAUUGCUUCGAGUAUAACUUGGAAGAUUCGUGUGCCAGCAGGGUUUUCCUGGUCUUUGAGUACGUUCAGAAUGGGACUCUUCGAAGCUGGAUAUCUGAGAGAAGAGCUCGAACAAGACUUACAUGGGCUCAGCGCAUCGCGGCUGCCACAGGGGUAGCCAAGGGCAUCCAGUUCCUUCACACGGGAAUUGUUCCCGGUCUCUUUCGCAACAACCUGAAGAUAACCGAUGUUUUGGUUGAUCAGAACCUUGUUGCUAAAAUUAGCAGCUACAACCUGCCAUUGCUUUCGGAGAAUAUGGGAAAAGAUCAGCUUCAAAAUUUCCUUCAGGGAUCCAAGAAGGAGCGUAGGAAGGUAAAGCAUCAAGACAAGUCGGAUAUAUACGACUUUGGAGUGAUAUUACUAGAGAUCAUCUCCGGAAAGCCAGUGAACACCAAGAAUGAAGUUGAGGUUCUAAAAGAACAGUUGCAAGUGAGCUUGAUAAUGGACGAGACAAUGAGGAAGAGUGCAGUCGAUCCUGCAGUCAGGAACAUGUGUUCAAGCGAAUCAGCGAAGACAAUGGUGGAGAUGUGCUGGAGAUGCUUGCUCAAGAAUCCAGCCGAAAGGCCCUCCAUUGAAGAUGUUCUGUGGAAUUUGCAGUUUGCUGCUCAGGUUCAGGAUGCGUGGAGAGGCGAUUCCCAGAGCAGCGAGGGGUCUCCGAUUUCACCUCUGCAAUCUUCGCGCCUGAAGAUAAGUAUCAAACAGUAGAUCAUACAACAGUCGGUACACUUCCUCAUUAAUCUCCCCU